AGUAAACUACAUCUUACUUACCUUCCUUUUUGGACUUGCUUUUGAUCCUCAUGUUCUUGUCAUGGCUGCAGCGCGAUUGCAGCAUGGAUAAACCCUAUCUUUGACAUUGGGCAGUGACUGUGAUCCGCCUUUGUUACGUUGACUACUAGAACCCACAGCUGCAAUCAUUGAUGCUCUUCGCAUUGAUUGCGUUGACACGAGGCUUUUCAUAGCUGGAUGGGUCUGAUCAUUUCUUUACGGCUAAUGGUGCUAUGCGGAUAGCGCGCGUGCGGGGGGUGCACCUCAACCGCGUUGAGAUACCAAGAUCAUAUUUUAUGGACAUGUAGGACUCGAUUUGUACUCUGUCUAUCUAACUUUGCUAUCUAUGUCAACUUCGUCUUUUGAAUCCUUAAACUUGGAUGAAUUCUCUUUGGAGAACCCCGUUAACAGCUCCGCAGGUCGGCGCAGCCGCUUGGUGUAUCUUAGCCGCGAUAGUGCUCCCUUCGCCGAAGUUGAAGACCUUUUCAACAAGGGAUGGCGACAUGGCAAGAAAGUCAGGCCACAGAUACAAGGGAUUUUUAAGAUCCUCUGGCCAGAUGGAAAUCUUGAGCCAUAUCUACAGUACAGGAAGCAGGUGCAGGACCGCAUAAGGGCUCGGAACAACGCAGGGAACGAGAAGUUGCUCUUCCACGGUACAAACAGGGCAUGUCUCCUGGGAGAAUCAUCAGGAAACGUUCUCUUGUGUGGCCUCAAAGAGUGCUACCUUUGCUCUAUCUUGCGCGCAUCUUUUGAUGUGAAGAGAUGCGGCACGAAGAACGCUUUCAAGAGGUUUGGGCAUGGUAUAUAUACCACUGCUUGCUCGUCAAAAGCUGAUGAUUAUUCGUGCAACUUGUCGCAAGAUGCGAGCCUCCGCACCAUGCUGGUCAAUCGCGUUGUCGUUGGGAGGCCGUACAAACGGUAUAGGAAUGCACCUGACCUCGUUAAACCUCCCGAUGGCUUUGAUUCCAUUACUGGUGAGAUUGGCUGGGACCUGAACCAUGAGGAAACCGUAUGCUACGCAAAUGACGCUGUGCGUCCUGCGUAUCUUAUUGUAUAUGGACACAAGCACAAAGAUUCGUUCAAGCCAAGCUUUAAGACCUUGAUGUCAGCGAUCUUCAAGACACCGUUAGUCUCAUGAACGGACAUUUGACUUUACCAUCACAUAUGCAUGGGAUGCUCGAGGGACAUUAUAUAUUGAUUUAUUCGAAUCAGCCAUCUACAGUUGUGGUACUAUUACUUGUAGCUAUAGAAGUAAGACCGGGCGAGGAUCGUGG